AUGUCCUCACAGUGGGACCUCAGUGUGAUGAUAGCAGCUGAUGUCAUGCUCCCCCAUCGUGUGUUCAGUCUCUUUGUGGCGACUCAGUCGCCGCGGCUACAGCAGCACGAAGACGGAGUGUGUAUGAAGCGACGCUGUUUCCCUGUGAAAGGAGACCACAACCUGCUGACCCCCGACACACACACUCUGUCGGGGGUCAGCCUGCGACCCCAGGUGCGAUCAGAGGGCGUGGCCACGCUGUCGGGACAUCUGAGCGACUCAUCUGGCAGUAAGUUGGCCACGGCGUUGACGAGGCGACGCCUGGCAGCAUCUCCGACUCGUCGACUGAGAUUUGAGGAUGAGACGGAGAUGGAGGCGGAGUCUCGUUACCUGGAGCGGCAGAGGAGGACAGGUGUGCUGGUGUCCAAACCACACCUGAAUCUGUACGUUACCGGGGCAGCGCUGAGGGAGGCGGGGCAUGUUGCUGAUGGACACCAGAGGUUGGGUCACAGGGACAUCUGUCGGUCAGGGAGUGGAGUCAACCUGGACCUCCACCUGCAGCCUCGUGCACCUGACUGCAGGGGGCGGAGCCUGAACAGGCACCGCCUCAACCUGUGUACUGAGCCAAUCAGAGAGACUUACAUUGGCUCUGUUACAUCUGCUGAGAGGGGUGGGGCUGGACAUGUCUCUUACAUGCAGGUGAGACGGAGGGCCAAUCAGGUGGAACUACAUGGACCCCAGGUGAUCCUCCCUCAAGCCACGCCCUCCACUGACCUGCCAAUCAACCCAUAUGAACCUCUUAGGGUGGUCCCGCCCACUAAGCCCUUGGUUGUAGGCCCUCACACCGUCAGGAGCCACUCCCUCCUCUCCCGGCCUCCUCAGCACAACUGCAUGAAGGCAGAAUUAAACCAGGACCAGAACCAGAACCAGAAUCAGAACCAGAACCAGAAGAAGCAGGGGAGAGCCACCACUGCCAAGCCCCGCAGAGAGCACCGAUCUGGGCGGCAGGUGAAGGAACAGCGUCCCUCUGUGGAGGAGGGAGGUCUGAAUGGCUCCUCAGAUACGACAGCUGAGAGUCAAGCUCCACCCACAUCAUGCAACGGUGAAGGACAGCCAAUAGGAACAGAGAUCCACAGUGACGACACUUCGCUUCCUGCACACUUCAGCGGCAGAGAUGGACCUUCUCGUCUUUCUCUGCGUCAUCUCUUCUCGUCCGUCAGACUCAGCAGGACUCGAACCGCCAGCCUGGACCGGCUCAGCUCGAGGCCCCGCCCCUCCACAUAUGACCACGCCCCCUCAGGUAGCAGGACGUCCUCCAGCCUGCUGAAGAAGUCUCCAUCUGCUCAGUCCCUCAGUGAGCAGCUGAAGAACUCAUCGUCGGCUCAGAGUUCUGUGUCGGACCAGAAGAAGACGGAUCGUUCUUCUGACUAUAAACCAGCUGCUGACCAGUUUCUGUCUCGGAGUCUCAGCGUGGAGGACGUUGGUCGUCCCUGUUCGGUCCGUUCUGUUGGUCGAGUUCUUCAGGUGUGUUCUGAUGGAACGGUUCUGUUGGAGCUCCACCGACCAACAGGAAGAACGUUUGGAUUCAUCAUCAGCCGGGGGAAAGGACGCACCGACUCUGGUGUGUACGUUGAGGACAUGGCUGAUGGCUCUGUGGAGAAGCUGCUCACCGGUCUGCUGGCAGUCGGAGACGAGAUCCUGGAGGUGGACGGGGAGAAGGUGAGUUCUCUCAGCCUGGACCAGGUGACCCAGCUGCUGAUCCAGAACUCAUCCACCACCAUCCGGAUCCUCCGACAACGAGGAACAUCUCCACGGUGACCAUAAGAUUGCCAGACUGUAAACAACCACGACACGUCUGUAGCUCCACCAAUCAGAGCUCGGAGUCCAGACACACCUGGUGACCUCACUGAUGUCAUCUCAGGGAGCGACGGACUCAUUUAGACCUGAAGUUUUUACUAAACUCCAGUAUUAUUAAACUACAAUAUUUGAUAAACAGCCAUGUUUACUAAACUGUUAUUUAUUAAAAUGCAAUAUUUACUAAACUGCAGUAUUAAUAAAUCUGAGGGUUGUACUAUGAAGUGAGAUUAACUGUUCCUUUUUUUGUUUUCUUCAAUGGGAUUCUCGGAUGUAUUGUUCUUUGUUACCUACCAGACACAGUUCAGGGAAGAAGUGUUUGCAGCAACCCUCCCUAGAUCUGCCAGUAUCCUUUGAGCACAUGCGCUCAGGCCUUGGUUCACAGGUUGAAUAAGCGUUGCUAUCUUUAAGUUGAGACUUCUGGCUUUGUACUUAAUUCUGAACCCUUUGCAGACUUGCAGCUGCAGCUUUCUUAUUUGUGUAUUUCAUAUAGCAAGUACAGUGAUACCCAUACCUGUUGUCUGCCAGGCAACCAAUGCCUGGCAGACAAUGGGUAUGGGGCAAAGACAAAGUGCCGGAUAUGAGGGGCCAGCAUCACAUGCAGAUGCACUGCUGAAGUCAGUACCGCUACUACUGAGAGUAGGCCUACAUUUCUUUGUUUUGCUGCAUGUGUGUACCUGCUCAACACUACUGAGAUGACAAUCAGUGCCCGGUGUCACGUUUACCUACUAAGUCCAUGGCUAUGCUGUGUUGUAAGCCAUCUCCAUCUAUCCAUUGGUCAGUGCACUCCACAAUUUUCACAAAACUUGUUUGACAAAUCUGUUUAAUAGGUCCAUUUUCUUCAGGAACAACACACAUUAGAUGAGUCAUCUGGGGAGUCCCCAGGUAUCUGAGCCAUCCUAUUGGCUAAGAGGCUGCACAGAGUCACUAAUUGGGAAAAAUCCAAAUCACAAUUGACUUGAUUUGGAUGUGAUAAUUAGGUGACCAUUACUAAUUAGAGUGCAAGUAAAUUUUGGCAAACAUUGUAUAUUAUUGUUUAAACAGACAAACUCCAAGACCAAAAUGAAAAUUGUUUAGUUCCUUGAUGGGCCAACUAAAACUGAACAUUUUUCCAGUAUGCCCCACGGCCUAAAAGAAAGUCUGGAUAUGAUGAACUCUGCUGCUCAGAAUGUGUGCUGCUCAUAGUGCCAGUUUCUUCUUUUGGAAAGUUGAAGUAAAAACAGCUGACGUGCAGCAUCUUCUUUAACCUUUAAUCCUUAAAGGCCAAGAAAAGCUAAAAAUGUAGAUGAUUUUCCCAAAGAUGACCUGAUUGUCUGAAGGAACCAGAUUCACAGCGCUUUGAUGCACAAAUAUAGUCAGUUUCAGCUGGUGCUCCUGAUGUUUCUGAAACAUUCUCCUGAUGUUUCCUGACCCUUCUCCAGAUAUUUCUGCCUUGUUCUCUGGAUGUUUCGGUAAUAUUGUCUGGAUAUUUCUGUCACAUUCUCUGGAUGUUUCUGUAACGUUCUCCGGAUAUUUCUGUCUCAUUCUGCGGAUAUUUCUGUCUCGUUCGCUGGAUGAUUCUGUAACAUUCUCUGGAUGUUUCUGUAACGUUCUCCUCAUUUUAAUGAAACAGGCCUUUUCAUCGACCCUGCUGUGUUUUUAUUUUUAUUUGAUGCUGGUUUAGUCAAAUUGUGAGCAUUUUUUAACAGCUUUAUAAUUUCAAUAAAAAGUGUCAAAAAGGA